AUGAAUAGAUUGGUGUUGCAGGGCAGCGCUAGGAGAUUUGUCUCUUUGCGUUACAGUUUGAAUGCAAUUCGUUGUAGUUCCUCAUCAACAUCUGCAUUAGCAUACAAACAAUUACAUAGAAAUGCAACUAGACCGCCAUUACCUACCUUAGAAACACCUUCGUGGAGUGCAGAUAGUGCAGUUUCAUCCAUUCUUUAUGAAACUCCGACUCCAAGUGCACAACCUUGUAAACAGCAUGUUUUAAACUGUUUGGUACAGAACGAACCUGGUGUUCUUUCGAGAAUUUCUGGUACCUUAGCUGCUAGAGGUUUCAACAUCGAUUCAUUGGUGGUUUGUAAUACUGAAGUCAAGGAUUUGAGUAGAAUGACAAUCGUUUUACAAGGUCAAGAUGGCGUUAUCGAGCAGGCAAGAAGACAAAUUGAGGAUUUGGUCCCCGUAUAUGCUGUUUUGGACUACAGCAAUGCAUCAAUUAUCAAGAGAGAGUUGGUAUUGGCUCGUGUGUCAUUAUUAGGUGCAGAAUAUUUUGAAGACCUUCUUGUACAUCACCAUAGAAGUACAAGCGGUAUCGAGGAUACCGGUGAUUUGGUUAAGGAAAUUAGAAAUAAGAAGUAUCACCCUUCCAAUUUACCAUUAAGUGAAGUGUUACGUAUGAAACACGAACAUUUGGGUGCUAUUUCCAACUUGUCUAACAAUUUUGGCGGUAAAGUUGUUGACAUUAGUGAUUCAAGCUGUAUCAUUGAAUUGUCCGCAAAACCAUCAAGAAUUUCUGCAUUUUUAAAAUUGCUUGAACCAUUUGGUGUGUUAGAAUGUGCACGUAGUGGUAUGAUGGCUUUACCAAGAAUCCCCAUCAAAAAUCGUCCCGAUGAUUCUGACGAAGCAGUUACUGAGAAGAUUAACGACAUGGUGGACAUUUCUCAAUUACCACCAGGUUAA